AUGGCACCAUUCAGAGACUCGAUGUUACAACUGGUCAGUCCCAGCUUCCUGGCUGCGGCGGCGCUCGUAUGUGUUCAAGUCGGUAUGGGCGUGCUGUUCAAGGCUGUGCAAAAUCAUGGACACUAUCCCUUCUCAAUUUCUUCUUCAGUCGCCAUAUCAGAGUUCUUCAAGUUCUGGAUAUCAGCAGUUUUCUUCUACCAAUCAUGUCGGCAACGAGUUCGCAACCAGGACGACUAUAUCUCGUUGCACGAGGCCUCUGAACCAUUGAAAGAAGGAGCUAGCUCUCAGCGUCAACCUCUGGUGGUCGAUGGCAGCUCCAAAGGUCUGCUCGAAGAUGGUCAGCACCAAGAAGAAGAGGAGGGUGUCUCACUGGAAGAGCUGGAGCGACCUGCCUGGAAUUCCCAGCGGCUAACACUGUCCCUCUUCUUGAAGCAUUGUAAAGAAGAGCUCAACCGCCAGACGAUCAUCGGUUACGGCCACCUGGCUCUCCUCUAUGCUACCAUCAAUAACACCGUCUUCGUCCUGUUCGAACUAGCAGAUCCCGGCACCAUUUCUCUCAUCAAGUCCGGCAUCACUCUGAUCACGGCACUGGUACUGAUGCUCACACUCGGGACGAAGAUUGCAAAAUUACAAUGGAUUGCCAUAGCGUUGCAAGUCUGCGGACUGAUCGUUACACAGUACCACCCUGGUACCGGAUCCGUGUACCCCAUCUACACCUAUGCAAUCUUGGGUUUCCAGACAUUCUGUUCAGCGGUCGCUGGGGUCUACAAUCAGCACUUGCUGAAAUCGCAGGACUCGUCGAUGCAUGCUCAGAACAUGGCUCUGUAUACUUUUGGCAUGUGCAUAAACACAGUUGUUCACUUCAUCAUCUCGACGAUAAAGUCCGAUGAACCCGGUUUCUUCCACGGCUUCAACCAGAUCGGCCCUAUUCUGGUGAUCGUCAGCAGUGUCCUCAACGGCUUGGUGAUCACCGCGGUCUACAAGUACGCCGAUGCCCUCAUCAAGUGCUUCGCGACAGCCUUCUCAACCGCGAUCCUUCUAUACAUUUCGCCCAUCGCUUUCGGGGCCGACUUCUCAUUCCUCAUAUUCCCCGGCACCGCCACCGUCUUCACUGCAACAUGGCUGUAUAUGGACAGCGCUCCACCAAAAGCCGCACCUCCGCCAGCCGACGCCACACAACCUUGUCCCAUGGAUGAGAAGACUGGUUCUUCUGACUCCAGCCGAGGCGUCUUCUCCGCUCUCGCACCAACCGGCGUCCUCGGCCAACUCGGCCUCAUCAUCACCACCUGCUUAGCCAUCUCCGGAAUCGCGGGCCUGCACGCCUGGGACUCCGCUGCGCCCCCAUCUACCCCCGUGUCCGAUGCCGUCCGAUCGGGGCCUAUCACCUCCCCGUUUCAAAACACCUUCGCCAUGGUUCGCUACAACGCCCUCGAGAGAAUGGAUCGCUUCCCACUGCUCGAGAAAUACCGCCCCUUCUUCCACACCCUGCACUUCAGCAUCCCCAAAAUCGAGUCACUCCCCGACACUCCCGCCGACCCCACCAUCGCCGUCGCCGCCGGCCUCAACCCACCGACCCCCUUCUUUUCGAACCGCACCCACGACGCCUGGAUCGACGGCCUCUACCCGUACAACGCCGCCGCGCGCUCCAUGCAGCAGAUCCUCGACGCAUCCCCUCCCCCCUCCUCCUCCUCCCCGCCCAACGCCAGUAACGCCAUUGGCACCGACCCCGCCAGCACCACCUCCAACACCAGCGUCGCCACCGCCGACGACAACCCAACCUGGGGCGCCAACAUCACAGGCCUCCUCUACUUCCACUUCGACAUGUGGCUCAACCCCUUCGAAUUCCCCGCCUCCGCCAUGGACUACAACCGCACCUGGCUGCCCGACGCCCCCAACCCCCCUUACCGCUGCUACACAGACCCCCGGGAGGGCGAAUCCUGGGGCGCCUACCGCGCGCAGCACGUGCCGGAACAGCUGCCCAAAGCCAUGGCGGCUCUUGACGCUGCGAACACGAAUGACAAUGAUGAUGGUGAUGGGAGCGGCAGAGCUAAAGGGGGGAGGAAAUACAGCAUCAAUCCCCACCUCCUCUGCCAGGGCUGGAGCGACAUGUUCUACAUCCCCCGGCGCUAUUUCGCGGACUGGAUCUACCUGAGUGCCAUCAUGGACUCGUACCGCGUGUUCCACGAAGCCGCGAUUCCGACGAUGCUGAAUGUUUUGGAUGCCACGUACGGCGUCGAAGGCGGAGGCAGUAUCAUUCAGCGUGUGGGUGAUUGCUGGGGGCAUUGUUGUGCGGGUGGCGCGAAAAAGGAGGAUAUCGAGUGGCGUAGGUGUGGGCACCAUUUGGACUAUGGGCACGAGGAGGGGUUGGAGGUGGCGGGCUAUCAGUAUCAGAGGCUGGAGAGGCAGAGGGAGAUGUUGGGGGGUGUUGUACAAGGUAUUGAAGGUGGGGAGGGAGCGGGGAAGGAGCCGAAGGAGAGGAUGAGGAACAAGAGGGAUGUGUUUGCGAGUUUGAUGGAGCUCAGUUUGUGA